AUGGCCUUCAAGUGUGAAGAGUGUGGCAAGAAGUACAACACCAAGCUAGGCUAUAAGAGACACUUGGCUCUUCAUGCAGCCACCAGUGGGGACCUUACCUGUAGGGUAUGUGCCCAGGAGUUCGGUGGUACUGAAGUUUUGUUGGAACACCUCAAAAGCCAUGCAGGGAAACCAACUGGCAAUACCAAGGAAAAGAAACAUAAGUGUGACCACUGUGAGCGUCACUUCUAUACCCGUAAAGAUGUGCGUCGUCACAUGGUGGUUCAUACAGGCUGCAAAGACUUUCUAUGCCAGUUUUGUGCCCAGAGGUUUGGGCGGAAGGACCACUUGACUCGCCAUACUAGGAAGACUCAUCCACAAGAACUGCUGAAGAGCAGAUUGCAGAAUGGUGACUCAGUGGGUCUCCUUGACCAGCUUUUUCCAUUCAGACUGAAGGAAGAUGCCAGCAUACUGUCCCCUUUUCCUGAAAGGGUCUCUAUGCAGAAUGGGAUUUUGCAUAGUUCAGAAUCAGGGGAAUACGACUGUUCACAUCUUGAUUCCCAGCCAAGCUUACAAACUGCUUCUCCUCUUGAACCUCCUCCUCAUUUGCAAAGGAUGGGCUGUGCAGACAACCUUCCAGCUGUCCAUCCCACACCAUGCUCAACAGCUGUUCCUCCCAACCUGAACCUUCAUCAGCCUAAUAAAUAUGACCUUAGUUCUACCUCAUUUGCAGCAGGAUCACUCAAGAAUCUACCAAUAAAAGUGGAUGUUAAAGGCUACAAUGUGCAUCUUCUUGAGGACCUGCCAUUACUAGAACCUCAGUCUCUUCACAAAAUCAGUCUGGAUGAAGCUUCCUCAGGGCCUGUAGGGGAUACUAACAAGUACCCAGUGCACAAGGAGACAGAGGCAGCAGCUGAAACUACAAGCCUGCCUUUCAUGGAUCUCACUCAUAUGAUGAGUUUCUGGCAGCUCCCACCAGGUGACAACCAGAACACUACGGGGGACAUCACAAUGGCAUUUAGUCCAGAGGAGCCAUCACACAGGCUGAAUGGCCUCGGCCAACAGCAAGGUCUUCAGCUAGCAACUGGUGGGAUGGCCAUAAACCAGCUGCAUCAUCUUCCUCGCUCCUUUCCAUCCACUACAAAUUCUGUAACGUUGCCUCAUUUUCACCAUGCCUUCAAAUAA